GGGUGAGCUGCGCGGCGUAGCGCGGCGGGGAGGUAAGAUGGCGCCGCGGCUGGCGCUUCACCUUUGCUGUUAGGUUGCCGGUCGUCCUUUCUGUCAGGUUUUGGUAUGAACAGGAUUCGGAUUCACGUCUUGCCAACGAAUCGGGGGAGGAUCACCCCAGUGCCCAGAUCGCAGGAGCCCCUUUCUUGUUCAUUUACUCACCGCCCAUGCUCUCAACCGCGUCUGGAGGGGCAGGAGUUCUGCAUUAAGCAUAUUCUUGAAGACAAGAAUGCACCCUUCAAACAGUGUAGUUACAUAUCGACGAAGAAUGGAAAACGGUGUCCCAGUGCUGCCCCAAAGCCCGAGAAGAAAGAUGGGGUGUCUUUCUGUGCUGAACAUGCUCGAAGGAAUGCUCUAGCACUUCAUGCUCAAAUGAAGAAGAAUAAUCCAGGCCCUAUGGGUGAAACCCUCUUGUGCCAGUUGAGCUCAUACGCAAAAACAGAGCUGGGCUCUCAGACCCCAGAGAGCAGUCGAAGCGAAGCCAGCCGAAUACUGGAUGAAGACAGCUGGAGUGAUGGGGAUCAGGAACCCAUUACUGUGGAUCAGACAUGGAGAGGUGACCCUGACAGUGAAGCUGAUAGCAUAGACAGUGAUCAAGAAGAUCCCCUAAAACAUGCUGGUGUCUACACAGCUGAAGAAGUGGCUCUUAUUAUGAGAGAGAAGCUAAUUCGAUUGCAGUCUUUGUACAUUGAUCAGUUUAAACGACUACAACACCUACUCAAAGAGAAGAAGCGCCGUUACUUACACAACCGAAAAGUGGAGCAUGAAGCUUUAGGUAGUAGUCUCCUGACUGGCCCAGAGGGACUUUUAGCCAAAGAAAGAGAGAAUUUAAAGCGACUAAAAUGUCUUAGGCGAUAUCGUCAACGCUAUGGAGUAGAAGCCUUACUACAUAGGCAGCUGAAGGAACGCAGAAUGCUGGCCACAGAUGGGGCUGCUCAACAGGCUCAUACCACUCGUUCCAGUCAGAGGUGCUUAGCCUUUGUGGAUGAUGUCCGUUGCUCGAAUCAGUCUCUUCCAAUGACCAGACACUGCCUUACCCAUAUUUGCCAGGAUACAAAUCAGGUUCUCUUCAAAUGCUGCCAGGGAUCUGAGGAGGUACCCUGCAACAAACCAGUUCCUGUAAGCCUCUCUGAGGAUCCCUGCUGUCCACUGCAUUUCCAGUUGCCUCCUCAGAUGUAUAAGCCCGAGCAGGUACUGUCUGUGCCAGACGAUCUGGAAGCCGGCCCCAUGGAUCUGUACUUGAGUGCUGCCGAGCUUCAGCCCACUGAGAGUUUACCACUGGAGUUCAGUGAUGACCUGGAUGUGGUGGGUGAUGGCAUGCCGUGCCCUCCUUCACCCUUACUUUUUGAUCCUUCACUAACUCUCGAAGAUCAUUCCGUCAAAGAAAUUGCUGGAGGCCCGGGCCAGAUGCAGGUGUCUGGAGACGGGUCCAGAUCCCAGGGACCUCGAAAUUUAGAGAAAGCCUGUGCAUCAUUCCCUCAGCGUGGAUUGGCUACUGCAAAUGGAAAACCAGAGCCCACUUCUAUCAGUUGAUAGUUGAUUCUGAGAAUUGCUUGACUUUGGUGGAUCUGAACUUCUCAUUCUUCAAACAAGUUUAUCUCCGGUCAUCUCUCACUGAACAGGGCAACCCAGACUGCAUGGUGUUUCCUCGGGCCUAUACAGUGCUAAAAGCCAACAUGAGCCAAAUUUGUGAGGAAUGCAUCUUUCGUAUUUAAAAGUUACAGGAUUCUUUGCAAGGAAGAGGGUGUGGUAGUCCCUGCCUUUGGGAUGGAAUGAAUAUUGGAGACUAUGCCUGGGAAAGAGACGUUUUGGCGAUAUGAUUUCCUAAGCCAUGGAUGAAAUCCAUCUAAGCAGGGGCUAUGGUCCUGAGGUGCUGGCCGUUCAUGUCUGUCCGUCUGUAUCUAAAGACCUGUGAUCAACCCUUUCCUCGGUUCCACAUAGCUGGGCAGUAGAAACCCUGUUCCUAGUGACUGAAGCAGCUCACCUCACAUAUCUGGGCUCUCCUUAAUUGUCCUUGCCUUUAACUUAUGUAAAUGUCUGGUGGAUUCCCUCGUGUAAAUUACAGCAAAAUUGUUGUAUAUAGUUUCUAUUAAAUGGUAAAAUGUUAUGGAAAUGUAAAGUAGUGUGAAUUGAAUUUGUGGAGUUUUUGUUUUUGUUUUGUAUUUGAGUCUCUGUAUUAUUUCCUGGGACUUCAGUGCUGUCUGAUGGGAAAGGUACAUAAUAUUUCUAUCCCCAGACGGGCAUUACUGGAGAAACCGCGUGAGAGAAGUGACAGAUGGAAUUGUGUUCACUGGAGGAUUAGUUCAGUGGUGGGGUCAAGACUGUAUAGUGCUUUAGGGUCUUGGUUGAACCCCACAGAGGAGAUGAAAGAAUGGUCUACAAAGGGGGUAAUAUAUGGUGAGGUUUGUGUCAGGCUGGUUUUAGGGAAACGUUUGACAGACGCUUCUGAAGCCUGGACACAGAAAACAUAAGUAAUUAAACCGUGAGGACGAUUAUACUCUGGGGUGGCCCUUAUCCCAUUACUGUAUGAGCUGUACUUUCUCCCUGCAUGAAGGUGUGCUAAGGUGAAGGUCAUUGGCCAGCCCAGCCUGCUUUCAAGUAUUUCAGUUACUUUCUUGUUGGUUCUGACUAAGGUUUAUGGUUCCAGAAGGGAUAAGAAGGCAUGGCAUGACGACAGGAAGCUGAGAGCUCAUAGCCUUAACUACAAGCAUGAAACAGCAAACUGAAGGCUUUUAAUCUCAAAGCCCAACUUUUUGCAGCAAGUCUGCAUCACCUAAGACUCCAAAAAUUGCCAUCAAGUGUCCAAAUGCCAGAGACUGGUGGACAUUUUUCAUUCAAACAGCCACAUCAGGUUUGGCCAAUGGAAAGUCCAUAGUACUGGGCCAGGGACUGUCAGAAGGGAGCUGGGCCAAACAGCAGUGAUGAAAGGCCAGUGUGCAUCUGUUGAACCUGAGCCAGGCCAAGCUGUGAUCCACCCCACCAAGACCAUCAGUGCUGGGGAGACAGGCCCCACACUAACGCUGCAGGAUUGUGACAAGGUUGGAGGGCUGGGUGGGAUGGCGGUGCCUAUUCAUGUCACUGUAGCCAACAUUGCUGAGGUCCUUUUGUGCUGUAUUGGACUUCACUAUCAUUCCUUUAUUAGUAUCCUCUUAGCUGCCCAAAGAAUCAGGAAGUCAAUGAAACUUAUAUAUAGAUCUUAGCAAGUUCCUAAAGCCUACAAGGUUCUUAAGUCUUCCCAAAGAUAUAUAAGCAGUAAUUACUUUCUGUAAACCAGCUCUCAGCAGGCUGUGUAGGGAGCUCCAGCCAUGCGACAUCUGCCUGAGUUGUCACAAUGUUGGGGUGAACUUUUUCAGUGAUGUACCAUGCUUCUGUAAGCAAACCAAUAAACUCCAACAGUUUACUGAA